CCAUGAUGCUGAACAGCGUUCGGCCUCUGCACCCCCGCAGGUUCCCCCCGGAUCCGCCGCCCAGCGCCGACCUGUCGAGGGGGAUCUGCGCCAACGUCUGUUAAGUAGCUCCGUCGCAGACAGCAUAGGCAUCCCAGAUACACCCCCUCUCGACCUCAUGCCUCAGCUCCAGCGCUCAGGGCCCUCCAUCGUGAAGACGCGCACCGGUAGCGUCCUCUCGCGUGGAUUCAUCCUUAAGACCGAUCACUACCCUUCAGGUCGAGCCCUCGAUCUUGACAUAAAUGUCCAUGGUGCUCCCAACUUCCGGGCGCCCAGACAAGGCAGUCUGAAUGUCUACGGUGUGGCCCAGCCACGUACCCAAGGCCUGCGGGCCAUUCUAUCGGUAUUACGAUGCCGUCCUAAGAUACCCAAUUCAACCCGAGUAGUUUGGUUCUGCACCCGUGAAGAGCCGCUAGUGUAUAUUUCCGGACGUCCCUUCGUUCUCCGAGAUUCCUCAGAACCCCGAACAGCGCUGAAGCUGUCUGACCGUGCGGAAAAUCUCGAAGACAUCGAGUGUCGACUCAAGAACGACAUCCUUGCUGAAGGUAACAAGUACGGAGGCUUGGUGCUGACGCAUAACGAAGUUGCCUCGGACGCUAGCGAAGGAGAAGGAGCUAUUCUACCAACAUGGACUGCUGUCGACACAGGCAACGUCAGAACGCAGCGCGAGCUUAUGGAGAAUAUGCGCAAGGACGGCUGGAACGUUGAGUACCACCGAAUCCCGAUUUCCCCAGACCGACCAAUCGAGGACAGCUACCUUGAUGCGUACCUCCGCGUCAUCAAGGAGACCGACCCUCUCUCCACGGCAUUGGUGUUCAAUUGCGGCAUGGGAGCUGUGCGUACUACGUUCGCUAUGGUUGCUGCGUGCAUCGUUCGUAGGAAGCAACUGCUUGACCGCGGACUAGAAGACCCGUAUGCCACGAGGUCCAUAGGCUCACGAUCCGGUAUCAGCACUCCAUCUGGCCUAGCACAAGCUCCGACGAACGCAAAGAUUUUGCAGGCGUUCGAGCAAGCCAGCGCCCAGCAAGACAUGAAUCGCUCACUACUCCGAAUUACUCAUAUCCUCCAGCAACAACUCGACACUAAAAACUCUCAAUCAGCCAUCGAGCUGCUACUUACCCACUCAUCCCUCUUGGAGGCACUCCGGAAAGCAUAUAUGGGCAACUACGGCGUUAUACUGAGUCUGCUCGGCUGCUUGGAGCACGGCGUCAAGGCGAAGAAGCUCGUCGACAAGGUCAUCGACGUCUGCGACCAUGUGGUUAACUUGAGAGAGGACAUCUUCACGAACAGAAUCAAGUACUCGCUUACAGCAGCUGCGGACAACAAGGAACGUGAGAAGUACUUGAACAAAGCUGUCAAGUCUCUCGAGAAAUACUUCUUCGCGAUCGCCUUUGCCAACUACGUGGAGUUGGCUGACGACUUCAAACAAAGUUUUGCGGAUUGGCUGAAGCCAAGAACUGAGAUUUGGACCCAAGUCACCUUCCUACGAAAGUCCCAUGGGUCGAGGCUAAACGUCUUUUCACCCGUCAACGAUCUUUCUGCACUCUCGAAGACGGGUGCAGCUGACCGUGCUCUGCUACCUGGUCAGCAAGGAGAUCUCACAAUCGCCGGUGGCCAGAUCCUGGGGGACGAGUAUUCCGACCACGUCGUGAAGAAUCGUAGCGGUAUCAUCCUCCGAGAGGGCACAUUGCUGAAGUCCGAUCAAUGGCUCAGCCGUUCCAGCCAUGUCGCCCACGGCGUACGGGGUGCUAUCAACUUCCGCAACAUCCCCGGCACGAACAUUUACGCCCUUGGUCAACCGACGCUGGAAGCUAUCGACGAAGUCGUGCGUAGGGUACAGGCCGAGAACCCAGAGGCAUCGCGCAUCAUGUGGAUCACUCUUCGUGAGGAACCUAUUGUGUAUGUCAACGGCGCGCCUUACUGCUUGAGGCGAGAGCGGUUCUCGUUGCGCAACAUGAAAGACUACGGUGGUAUAUCGGCCACACGUCUCGAGAUGCUUGAGGAGAGGUUCCGCGACGACGUCGUGAACGAAGUGAACGCCUUCGGCGGACGUCUGCUUUUGCAUACCGAGACUCCCGACGGCUCUGUCGUCCCCAUCUGGGAAGAGAUCGACAGCGAGAACAUCAUGGUCCUGAAGGACGUCAUGGCGGAGCGCAGGCACGUUGCGGAAGGUGUCGAGCUUGGAUAUGCGCGUAUACCUAUCACCGCAGAACGGCCUCCAGACUUCUCCGACUUGAGCGAGCUCAUCGAGGUCAUGAUUCGAUGCAACACUUCUGAAACCCCGAUCAUCAUCAACUGUCAACUGGGUCGUGGCCGGAGUACGCUUACUGCGGUCAUUCUUUUGCUCAUCAAGCAGUGGCUUGCAAGAGCAACUCGUCUCAGAGAUCCAUCGACUCCCAGGCCACUUAUCAGAUCGCUGACGACCUCGUCAAUGACGGAGGACUUCGUCCCUCGCCACACUCCGCGCCACUCCUACCAGAUCAUCAACAACCUCCUACGCGUCAUCCGCAAGGGCCACAGGGUCAAGCAGGCAGUAGACGACGCCAUCGACCAGUGUUCAGAAGUCUUUAACCUCCGGGACUCCAUCGAAGAGGCCCGCGCCCGGGCAGAGCAGGCGACGGAUGAGCAGCAGCGCCGCACGUCCGCGCACCGCAGCCUGCAGAACCUCCGGCGGUACUUCGAGCUCAUCAUCUUCCAGUCGUACCUGCAGUCGAUCGAGCCGGAUACGAUGCAGACGCACGAGUCGUUCGAGUCGUUCGUCAAAGACCGUCCUGUGAUCAAGACGUUUGAGAAGGAGCUCAUGUCCGAGAACCUAAACACACUGAAGCCACUCGAGCGUGUCGAUGUCGCGGACGGCGUGCCGCAGCCGGACGAGGUACGGCAGGUGGUCGCGAACCGCUCCGGUAGCAUCCUCUCCGCGUCCACCAUCCUCAAGAGCGACUUCUUCUCGAACCUGCAGAAGAUGAGUCUGCCUGAGCGGAUCGAGGGCUCACCGAACUUCCGGAGGGCACCGCUCGCAUUGCGAUUGGUGUCGUCGCCUGCAUCGCCGGGGUCGGAGUCGGACGGAAUUGAUUUCGUGGCCGCUCAGGCGGACAAGUGGGUGUGCGGCAGUGGCAUGCCAACUGUGGAAGGCUUGAGGAGAGCAUUGCACCGAGUGAAUGCGCACCCGGAGGGCAACAACUGGGUGUACUGGACGUCGCUCCGAGAGGAACCGGUGAUCUACGUUGCUGGCCGCCCGCACGUUCUCCGUCUCCUGAACAAGCCGCUAGAAAAUGUCGAAGCGACCGGUGUCACCACAGCGAUGGUGGAAGGGAUGGAAGAGAGCCUGAAGCGCGACAUCCUGUACGAAGUGCGCGAGGGCGAGGGCCGCAUCCUGCUGCACGACGAGGUCGAGGAGCGGCCCGGCGUGUUCUCGAUCAUCCCGAUCUGGGAGACCGUCGAAGAGGCAGACAUUAUGACGCCGCGGGACGUGUACAACCUCAUGGUCAAGGACGGGUACAAGGUGGACUAUGACCGGGUGGCGGUGACCGACGAACAGGCCCCGCUGCCGGGUGCGCUCAUGCAGCUGCUCACGCGGGUGCGCUCCGGGCUCCAGAGCGGGCACGCCGCGGACUUCGUGUUCAACUGCCAGAUGGGCCGCGGGCGCACGACGACGGGCAUGGUCACCGCAUGCCUCAUCGCGACGACCACGACCUGGGAGCACGAGCGCGAGGCCGCGCUGCAGGACGACGAGCAGAACGCGAACGCGUUCGAGACAUACGACUCCAUUGAUGGCCCAUCAGAGGAGGAGGCGUACUUGCAGGGCGAGUAUAAGGUCAUCCUGCAACUCGUCAGCGUGCUCUCGCACGGGAAGCUGGCGAAGCGCCUGACGGAUCGGGCGAUUGACCAGAUGCAGGAUGUGCAGAACUUGCGCAAGGCCAUCUACGACUACAAGCUGAAGGUCGAUGCCUGCGAGAAGGGCAGUGCAAAGCAGCGCAAGCUGAUGGACAUCGGCGUGAACUACCUGUACCGCUACGGGACGCUCAUCGUAUUUGCAAACUACCUGGUCGAGACGCGGGAGGCCAAGUCGGACGAGGUGAGCUUCCCUGCGUGGUUGCAGGAGCGACGGGAGAUUACGAUGCUUCUUGGGCGGCGGUCGCUGGACUGAGGGUGCGAUAUUUGAGUGUAAGAUCUAGCUACGAUAUCUUGUGUCUUGCUUGCCCUGUCUUGUCUUUCGGUAACAUACAAUGAUGGCCAAAAGUAUCUCCCC